AGUUUUGAGUUUUUAGUCGGCUGCUGCUGAGGGAAAAUUGCUUAAUUAGUUGGUAACAAACAGUAACAAAUAACUGGGAUUAUUUCGCUGCAGUAGUCAUAAAAAAUCCGUCUGUUUGGUACCAACUUCUCGUAAAGCGCCAUAAACAAAAUCGCUAACAGUAUGAACGGCGGACUGAAUGGUUUCCAUGAUUGCCUGAUUGAAGAAGGCAGUUUCCUCUUUACUUCUGAGUCUGUGGGAGAGGGUCAUCCAGACAAGAUUUGCGAUCAGAUAAGUGAUGCUGUACUUGAUGCCCAUCUCAAACAAGACCCAGAUGCCAAAGUUGCCUGUGAAACUGUGGCCAAAACUGGUAUGGUCCUCCUUGCUGGAGAAAUAACUUCCAGGGCUACUGUUGAUUAUCAAAAGAUUGUUCGUGAAACUGUCCGGCAUAUUGGGUAUGAUGAUUCAUCUAAAGGUUUUGAUUACAAGACCUGUAAUGUUCUUGUGGCAUUGGAACAGCAGUCCCCAGACAUUGCUCAAGGUGUUCACCUAGACAGGAAUGAGGAGGACAUUGGUGCUGGUGACCAGGGUUUGAUGUUUGGAUAUGCUACUGAUGAAACUGAGGAAUGCAUGCCCUUGACUAUCGUGCUAGCACAUAAGUUAAAUGCAAAGAUGGCAGAGUGUCGUCGUAAUGGUACCUUGUCUUGGUUGAGGCCAGACUCAAAAACGCAGGUGACUGUCCAGUAUAUGCAGGACCGUGGUGCAGUAGUGCCUAUCCGUGUCCAUACAGUUGUGAUUUCAGUCCAACAUGAUGAAGAUGUCCCACUAGAUGAGAUGAGAGAUGCUCUUAGAGACAAAAUAGUGAAAGCUGUAAUACCUGCAAAAUAUUUGGACGAAGAGACAAUCUAUCAUUUACAACCAAGUGGGCGUUUUGUUAUAGGAGGACCACAGGGUGAUGCUGGUUUGACCGGGCGUAAAAUUAUUGUUGACACAUAUGGUGGUUGGGGAGCCCAUGGUGGUGGUGCCUUCUCUGGUAAAGACUACACCAAAGUAGAUCGUUCAGCUGCUUAUGCUGCACGCUGGGUAGCGAAAUCCCUGGUCAAGGCUGGUCUCUGCAGGCGCGUGCUUGUUCAGGUUUCUUAUGCUAUUGGAGUUGCCCAUCCACUUUCCAUCUCUAUUUUCCACUAUGGAACAUCUCAAAAGAGCGAGAAGGAGCUACUUGAGAUUGUAAAGAAGAAUUUUGAUCUUCGGCCUGGGGUUAUUGUCAGGGAUUUGGAGCUGAAGAAGCCAAUUUAUCAGAGGACUGCAGCGUAUGGUCAUUUUGGUAGGGAUGGCUUCCCUUGGGAAGUACCAAAAAAACUGAAAUAUUGAGUGUUAAGUCAUCUUCCCUUGGGACCUGAUUGCGUAUGUUACAGAGAAGCCUUCAGGCUCUUGAGGGAAGAGACCCCUUUUGUCUUUUCUACCCCAAUCUCUCUCUUUUCCCUAGAUAAACAGCUGUCUGGCUUAAUUAACCCAAGAGGUAAGGGACCAUUGGAAGCAUCCCAGCAGCUUUGCAGCCUGUUGGUUUGAUUGGAUUCUGUAAAUGGGCCUUUUGGUGGACAAACUGCAGUCUCUAAGGCACCAAAAGAGCAUUGUUCAGCAUUUACCAUUUUGGCACUUUGCAAAAAUUGGCACUUAGAGCUAACCAUUUUGUUCACUGUUCAUAGAAUUGCUGCUGCUGCAGCAGCACUGUUUUUAGAAAUUUGCUCUGAUAUUUGUAGGCUGGGGCUGUUGCUCUGGCAUAGGUUAUGGGUGUUGACUGCCUUUGUCCAGCUGAAGGUUCGAAUAGUAAAAUUAUUUGGAUACUGGAUCUAGUUUCAAAUUUUGCUGCAAUGAUACCUCUUUCUCCUCCUGUAUUGAAGUGUGAAUGUUUUGUAGGUCGGGCUAUGGCACUGUACUGCAAGGGUGGCAAGAGUGGAUUUGUACUGGUGUACAGACACACUAAUUAACUUCUACUUGGUGCAUACUAAUUUUAAAACUCCACUCUUGUUUCCCUUGCUUUUUUUUUUUCCCCCUUUUGGGAGGACGUACGUAAUAAGGUUUUAAACAGAAGCUAUGCAUUUGUUUCAGCACUAGCCAAACCUUGGUAUUUUUUAGUAUCUUGUACAGGCUCUGGUGGCUUUGUGACGUAAUACAGAGAAGUCCAAUGGCAACCAAGGUCUGUAGGCUGCACACUUUGGUACUGGAGUAUUUUCUUUAUAAGAAAGGUAAAUUCAGUUCUACACUGCACAGACAUAUAGGGUUUUUAGAAAACAUUUGUCUGAAAACCCUUUUGCUGCUAGAAUGCUGGUGUGGGUACAGAGAAACCAGCAGUCCAGCAGGGCAUGUGGGGGGAAAGCCUUUAUACUUGAACAUUUUUUCUUUCAAAUUACAUUUCUAUUUAUUGUACUCUGAAGCUAGGCGUACAUACAGAGAAGCCGUGGCUUUGGAUGGCAGCUUAUUUUAUUUUUUUUAAUACCACGAUUCCUGAAGUUUUUUCCAGCAUUCCCUGGUAGGCCAAAGGUGUCCUACAGAAAAACCUUGGGUGAAACCUCCAGGGGGUCUGGCUGGUGUUCAACACAAAGGGCAAAGCUAAGGGGAGCAGCCUAAAGAGGAGCAGAUUUGGCUGGUGUUGUACAGAGAAGCCAGCUUGUUUACAGGCUUUCCUUGUGGCUGCUUCUCUGAGCAUGAAGUGCCUUUUUGUUGCUGUUUUUAUUACGUAUGUCUGAUUUUUCUCAAAUCCCCACAUAUCUGCUUGUCUGAGGACUUGAAUAAAGUGUUAGGUUCUUAAGA